AUGACUAGUGGAAAACUUUCUAAAACGCACUCUUCCUCAUCAAACAACGAGGAUAAAGGCAAUCUGCUCGACUCCAACGAAGCGUUCCGCAGGGGUGUAAAGUUGCUGCACGAGAAAUGCAAAGCACUGCAGCGAAGCAACGAACGGCUUGUGUUCAGGCUUCAUAGAGUUCAAAAGAUGACCAGACUGCGCUCGAUGGAUGUAGAGAUUCUGAAGGCAAAGCUCGAUUACUACGGUGAUGAUUGGAGGAACGCAAUGGAUCCGGCGAAUGUGAAGGAGGAAGGGGAAGAAUAA